AUAUUUGUUUUCAGUAUAAUUUUAAAAAUGCAUAUAUUUAUGUUGUCGACUUUUGGAUUUAUUUUGCAAUUAUUUGCAAUUGCUCAUUCAAGCGUAAAUUCUGAAGGAAAAUUUCAACUAUCAAAGUUCAAUAAGUUGUGGGACUCUGCUGUUAAAAUAAUAAAAUCUCCCAUGAAGUUGAGCCAGCUAGAGUUAUCAUUAAAAAAAUUAGACAAAGAAGAAUUGGCGCUGAAACACCUAAAAAAUGAAGGUAAAGAUGUUAAAGAUUUAGAGGCUUCCACCCAAAAACAUUUAGCAGAAAUUUUGCAACAAUAUCAACUUGGGGAAAAGUUUGAUGGUUUAAAAAUGGAGUACGAAAAAACAUUUUCUGAUGAUCAACUUGAAAAUAUAUGGAAUACCGUACAAUUUGAAUCAGAGUUUAAUGAUAAUGAGCUUCAUUCAUUGUACAAAGAGCUGAUGUAUUUACAAGAUGCAAUAAACAACUAUCAAAAACAUUUAACUAAGGCAGAAAAAACUGUUCAAAGUGAUAUAAAAAGCCCAAGUUAUAAGGAUGAAGCGGCUAAACACAGCAAAAGAUUGACUGAGCUGCGAAUCAAGUUAAAAGAAGAACAUGAUGAUAUUGCCAUUCGUAUUCAGCAAGUUAAAAAAAAGGUUAACAUGAAUGAGGCAUCUAUAAUUGACAAGAGGGUAGUUGACUUGUGGAACAAGGCAAAAUCUACAAAGUACUUUAGUGAUGAAGAGUUAAAGUCAAUCAAAGAUGAGUUGCGUCACUUUCAAACUGGAAUAGAUAAGUUAAUUUUCUGGCAGAAUGAAUCUACAAAUCUUCAUAAACGUAUACACAAUCAAGGAGAAAGAAUUUCAGAAGAAUAUAAUCAUGCUAAGUUAAAACUUGAAGAGUAUCAAAGACAUGUUAAAAAGUAUCAUGCAACAAUGGUUAAUCGCAUAUCGCCUAAAUUUGAACUUUAAUCGCGUAUCGCCUAAAUUAAGUCUAAUAUUUUGAUAUUUUUAUUAUGUUGGUUGUAUAUUUAACAGCAUUUUUGUAUUUAUAGUAUUUUUAAAUUUUCCUUUAGAAUGAGUUUGAUAUGUAAAAGUUAAUUAUAUUUAAAAAGUUUCUUUAAGAAAUUUUUUUAUAGCUUCAAAUAAAGAAGUGUUUUCUUUUAUCAUUAUUAUUUACUAUAAAAAUAUUUCUGUUAUUUAUUUUAUGACUGGUAUUGUUAUAUAUUUUGAUAAACGUUUUUUUGUUUAUUUUAUUUAUUUAUUUUUAGUUUCUUUUUAUGAGGAUUAGAUUAUGGCUGAGCAA